AUGGCACACAACGUUUCUGGCACUCCUCAAGCUCUCUCAGGGGUGUCUUCCUACUUCAGGUUGCCUUCAGAGCUCAGGCUACAGAUCCUCGAGUCUGUAAUCGAACGGCCCAGUGAUGGAGUUCCAAUCGCCCGCCCCGGCUUCUGUGUUCCCAAGGAGGUCAGAAACAUAUUCCUGGUAAGCAGGCAGAUGUACGCAGAGGCGGCACCGAUCUACUACAGAGACGUCCGCGUCGACCUCCGGGGUUACGGGUUCUGGAGCCCGCCACAGAAGUGCGCCAAUCAGUUCUUCGAGACGGCCCUCACGGCCCGGGAGUACGUCAGGAACGCCAUGGUCUGCAUCAAUCUCGUGGACUGCUGCAACUGCGAGACGGUCGCCAAGCUGUCUCUGGGGCUGCAUCAGUCCCGACGUAGACUGCAGCGGCUGGAUGUGCGCAUCGGGCCUGAUUACCCAUAUCCCCCCUACGGCUGCUACGUACAUCCGCCCAAGCAACCUGCCCAGCAGUUGAACGUCGGUCUAGCCUCAGGGUCCACUGCCACAGGGCCGAUAUGCUUGACCAAAGACCCGUUCCAGAACUUUCUCAGGUUUUUACAACGACCCGAGUUUGGGACCGUCUCCGUAUGGGUGCACCGUUUCCAUCUCGAAUUCCUCUGUCAGUUUCAUGCCAGCCAUUCAUGUGGGAGGGAGUGCAGAGGAGAGUGGAGGGGCCCUGGCGACUGGGUGAAGAUUGACCAUGAGGCCAUGACUGAGACUCUGAUGGGUCUCAGUUCAGAUGAGCCUACCUCGAGGUUGGAGCAGGCCGGACAACCAGGCCUCACGGACCUGCUUAUGGCGGGUAUAGAGAUGGGCCCCAAUCCUCUGCGCACACCAUCGCCAUCAGUGCUAUUGAGCUUAUAA